AUGAAUGUGUUGUCUAGUGGGACCUUGUCCCCCAUUGGGCCUGAUGGUGUGUAUGAUUCAGUGAAUUAUGUUGACAACUUGACGGACAAAAUGGCAACUUUUAUGCUGGAUACGAAGGACGUUGUCAUGGCAACGGACACAAUGGACCACUUGUCCAGCUCACUGCCGACCAUGACAGCUCGUGUGAAUUUCAGUCCUGAAGUCGUGUCGACACCGGCGAUGUCCACCGAUUUGUCAUCAGUAGGAAAUACUUUAAUGAGUUCAUCACCGUCUCUCGCCGUUACAUUGACUUCAUCUCCUCAUCUUACUGUUGCAAGUAUCAACAACGACAGCGUGGAUAUAAGUAUUACUCCAUCCCACAGCCGAACUACAUCUCUCAUUGAACCGACGAUAUUUUCAAGUGAUUAUACACCUUCUCCAACACCAGUUUUUGACAUUUCAUCUGCGAUUGACACAAGUAACAAUGUAUCCAGUACGGUGACACCAACUCCUUGGUUGACACCUUCUCAGGCAUCAUCUACUCAACUGUAUACCCCCAGUAUUAAGGCAUCACCUGUAGGAGUCCCUGUUUACCCAUCCACAGACAUGAUUAGUAUUUUACCAGAUUCCACGAUGACCACAGGGAGCAGCUCAGUGAAUGCCACUAUGCCUGCACCAAUGCCAUCACCAGCAGCCAAUAUUUCGCUUGGCCUGGCUAUCGCUCUGCCCAUCUGUAUCGCUGUUGUCAUCCUCCUGCUGGCUGUAAUACUGCGGUUGUUGCUCCGUAAACGUAAGAAGGGACUGCAGAAAGAGAGGGCAGAAAAUGACAAAGAGCUAUGGAUGAACACGACUUUAGAGUUACCCCCCUUGCCUCCCUCCCCUGUCAGUUUGGAGAAUGGACACAUCAUUCCUCUCUCACAAGCAGAUCCACAAAAAAAUGCUGGUAGUUCGGAGUAUGAAGUAAUCCACGAGUUUGAUGCGAGACUGGACAGUCAGUUGUCAUUAACAAUGGGGCAGUCACUAAGAGUGGUCGAAAAGGCCGACAAUGGUUGGUGGAGAGGUUGUCAUGGCAACAAAUCAGGCUGGUUUCCUGGGGAGUAUGUGAAACCUUUGAAUGAAAAAAAUGACCCAGAAAUAUUGGAGAUUUCCAAGAUUUCUGAAGUAUCUGAUGUCGACCAGAGCUUCACACCGUCUAAUUCAGUCAAGCCAGCCGUCAGUUCCUUUCUCAUCCGAAAGAAAGGUCAGGAAGAUAAGUCCCCCGCUGAACUCCUGAAGGAGAGCAAAGGUCAAGGUUACAGUACAGAUCAGAAUGCCAAUGGAGUUAUCCCUAAUGGGAACAUACAGCCAGCUGAAAAGGACACGCAGGAGGAUAUGAAACAGGAGAGCAAAGAUGCUGCAUUAAAUUCCCUCGAAAUUGGAUCCUCAGUGGAUGUUAACCUGUCAGAUUUUCACGAGGAAGCAAACCUAAGCAUGGAUGAGAAGUACCGUGUCUGUUACCAAUGGCAACCAGACCCAUCAAAUCCGAACCGAGUCAGUCUCAAUGUGAAUGACAUUGUGACACGGCUUGAGGACAUUGACGUGGGCUGGGUGCGGGUAAGGAAGGAUGCCACAGGGGAGGAAGGGGUUGUGCCACACACCUACCUGGGAAGUUUGGAGGACCCAGUGGUAGAGGCCUCACAUAGGAUCCAGGAUCAGCUCCAAGUAAACAGACUGAGCUCUGGCCAGGAGCAUCUCAUGGGAAUAGAGCACCGUGCCAUCUACCCAUACAUUGCUCAGCAUGCAGAGGAUCUGAGUUUUGAGGAAGGGGAGAUAAUCGUGGUUCUGAAUGCCCUGGAAAAUGGCUGGUGGCAUGGCCUGAAGGGAGAAGAAGCUGGCUGGUUUCCAGGUUCCUAUGUGGAGUUGAAGGAAAGUGGUGGAAAUACACCCCCUGGUGGAAUAUAUGACAAGGGAGGUAACUUCCUGAGUGAUCAAAUAUCAAGUGGACCAGGAAGUCAGAUAUCGUCUCAGAAUUCCUCUCAGUCUGACUUAGUGAGACAUUUAAGUGAAACGUUACUGAGACGGAAAGAUUCCACAGGGGACACCGUUUCAACUGCAUCUGCGUCUACAUUAGGCUCAGACGAAACACGACCAAAACCUGUGAGGAAGGCUCCAGCACCUCCUGGUGGCACAAAGUCUACUAAGAAGAAAUUUUUGCGCAGGCCAAGUAGACCUGCUCCACCUCCACCAGCCCCACCUACAGAGUCAGGAAAGGGAGAUAAUCCAAGCUCUGCAUCUGAUUCUGGAGACACAGUAAUAAUGCGCACCGGUGACAGAGACUCUUGUGUUUCUUCAGAGAAUAGAUUCUCUGUGGACAGUUCAGUUGGACAGAACUCAGACUCUCCCGGGGAAAAGCCCCCAUUACCCAAACGCUUUGUCACACCGAAAAUGGUGAAAAUUCCCAAGAGGAAGUUGAAGCUACAAAACUCCACAAUGUUACCGACACCUCCAGAGAGACCUGUGCCUCCCAGGCCAUCCCCUGUGGAAGGAAAGAAUAAGAAAAGUUACAAGAAAAAGUCAUCAAAAAAAUCUAAGAAGACUGAACCUAAAUAUCGGGGAUCUGUGAGUAAACUGAGUAAGGCAGAUAUUUCUGGCCCUCUUCCUGUGGAAGAAAAGAUAAGUGUGAAAACAGCAGACCCUGUGAGCCAGGCUUGUGAAUCUGUGGUAGAUUUGAAUGGAAGCAAAGACGAUGUGUUCAGAGAUAAUGAGGAAGUUUUGCCCAGAAUUAACUCUCCAAGUCCAUUGUCGUACAAAAAACAGCGUAUGGAGAAGACUCAGUCUCACGUUCCUCCACCUGUAGCUCCCAAGCCUAAACACGUGUCCCUAAACAGAUUGUCACAAAAUUCUUACCGACACUCUGGUUCAGACGUGGACAGGUCCCCCAGGAGCAGGAGUAACUCACCCAUAAUAAAUGGUCAACUACCAGUCAUCAGGGUGUCUGAGCCAGAAGUGCAGCAUCCCGUGCCAAAACCACGACGACGCAACUCAUCAGAGAACGAGAUAAACUCCGAGGGAAAUAUACCUAUCGAGAUCGUGGAUACAAGGUUGAGGCAGAAGAAGAAAUCACUGAAGAAGGCUGUGCGUAAUUACACAGGGAACAAAGGAGAGCUGAGUUUUGAACAAGGCAGCUUUAUUAAACAGAUUAAUGAGGUAGCUGAUCGCCCUGGCUGGUAUAUGGGGAUGUUGGCGGAUGGCACAGUAGGCCAAUUCCAUGAGAGCAAUGUGGAAGAUCCAACACUACACAAGCACAGCUUGGCCUGAUACCCGUGUAACUCACCGAAAAUCAUAGUGUGGUGGACUUCAAGUGAUGAACGGAAUGGAGAAUGCUAGGGCAAAUGGCCACCAGUAUGUACUGUGCUGGGAUCUGUGGUCACCAGAAUUUAGUGUGUGUUGGGAACAGUGAACAAGGAGUGUGCUGGCACCAAAGAUCCCAUCAUCA